AUGCAGCUCGGCGAGAACACAGCACAAGCUAGCAGUUCCAUCCCACCACAAAACAUCAGCGUUACAGCAUAUGCGAUUACCAACGUUCAAUCAGCAUUGAGAGCCGCAGCCACUUCAUCCCCAAGAGCCGCUCCAGCAUAUGGAAAUCUCGCCUAUCUAAGCGAUAGCUCUCGGAGACUUUACCAGCACUAUCUAAACAACACAGCCGAGAUGCUAACACGUGGACCGAGCCUGGAUGGGAACCCGUUUAUACAGUACUUGCUGCCACUGGCGUCACACGACCCACUGGUUCUCAACUGUGUCCUGGCUAUUGGAGGAGCUCAUGUUAUCAUUAAUAAUACGUCCUCAAGUCAUGAAUCCGAUCGCAGCUUGGAGGUUGCUGCUCGUGGUCAUUAUGCCAAGGUGUUAUCUGGUAUACAGAAGCUUCUGUAUUAUCGAACUGGACACACAGUUCACGCCCCAGAAGCUGACACAUCGCCGCCAACUCCUUCUCGUGUCCUGCUUAUUCUUUUGCUCCUCUGCGUCUUCGAUGGCAGCUCUCGUAGCUCAAUCUAUCACCACCUCAGGGCCAGCAAAGAGUAUGUCACACUCCUCAGAAGCGAUCCCAAUGCUCCUGAUGAGUUGCGGAACUUGAGAGGCUUUAUCCUGGAGCUAUACGCGUAUCACACAAUGAAGCUCGCAAUUACACCUCGCGGCCUUACAUCAAAUGAGUGUGUCGACAUCGACCCUGCUGUACAUUCGCUUGAUUUCCUGAAUGGGUAUAAAUCCAGAGGAUAUCUGAUUGGUUUUGGAAAGAAGUUAUUCGAGUUGGUGCCAAAGGUUGCGAAACUUGUUGAGGACCGACGCAAUGAAGAGCAGAAGAGCCCUCACGUGCCGACAGCCCUGACGAAAGAGUAUGACUGUAUGCUGCAGAGGUUGCACAGUGUUACUGAAUCCGACGGUGACAGCAAUGGUCUCCGGCCUUACAAAGAGCGUGCUGGUGCGACAAGGAUUUACCAAAACGCGCUAAUUGUGUAUCUGCAAUCGGCCUUUCAUCAGAACAUGCUCGCCAACCCGGAACUGGUAUUUGAGAUUGAAGAACGUAUUGACCAGAUGAUGCCCAACUUCUACAGUCUCUUUGUCAGCGAAUCACCAUACCGACGCAUGCUUCUUUGGCCAGGUGUCAUUAUGGGUUCCUGUGCACAAAGUGACAAGCAUAUUGCGGGGUUCCGGGCAGGAUUCAGAGCUAGGGCAUCAGGGACACCUGGGGCAGUCAAGACAGGAGCACGAAUUAUAGAGCUGCUGUGGAAUGACCCAGACCCGCGUGCAUUUGGGCCAAGAGGGCUGUCAUAUAUCAUGACAAAACAUGGCAUUAGCUGUAGUCUUUGCUAA